AUGAAAAAUUGGGUUAAAGUUAGUGAAAUUCUUCGGAAUGUUAAUACACCAAAGAUUCAUUCAAUGUAUGCUAAAGCACGAGAAAAUGAAGGAAGAUUUAAAGAAGCAUGUGCUGCUUAUAUGAGAGCAGGUGAAUGGGAAAAUGCUAUCAGAAUUCAACUUAAUCAAUUAAAAUCUCCUGAACAAGCUGUUAAAAUUGUUCGUGAAACUCAAAGUAUUGAAGGUGCAAAAAUGGUUGCAAGAUUUUUUGAAUCAAUUAAUGAUUAUAGUUCUGCAUCACAAUUUCUUGUUUUAUCAAAAUGUUAUAAUGAAGCUUUUACUAUGGCACGACAAAAUGGCCUUAUGGAACUCUAUGCUCAAGUUAUUGAAAAACUUCUUAAAGAUGGUUGUGAUAUUCCAUUAGAUGAUCUUGAAGGUGCAGCAAUAUUUUUUCAAAAUCAAAAUAAUCAUUUACUUGCUGGAAAAUUUUUUAUGUUUGCACAAAAUUAUGAGCGAGCAUUAACACAUUUAAUGCGUUGUACUGGUUCAAAUGAAAGUAAAGGUAUUGAUUUAGCUAUAACAUGUGUUGGAACAGCACGUAGUCAACAAUUAACACAAAGAUUACUUGAAUAUCUACUUAGAGAAAAAGAUCAAAUACCAAAAUUUGGGUCAAUAUAUCAAGAAUCAGGAAAUUAUCGAAGUGCUCGUGAUGUUCUUUUUACAAUGCAUCAAGAACUUAAAGCACAACAUACAGCUAUACCAUUUGAAAUGGCUAAUAGUUUAAUGUUAUUACAUAGUUAUAUUCUUGUUAAAAUUCAAAUUAAACUUAAUAAUCAUAAUCGUGCAGCUCGACUUCUUAAUCGUGUUGCACAUAAUGUUAGCAAAUUUCCAGCUCAUAUUGUUCAAAUUUUAACAACAACAGUUAUUGAAUGUCAAAAAGCAGGAAUGAAUAAUUCAACAUUUAAUUUUUCACUUAUACUUAUGAGACCCGAAUAUCGUGAACAAAUUGAUCCGAAAUAUAAGAAAAAAAUUGAAGCACUUGUUCGAAAACCAGAUAAAAGUGAAAGUGAAGAAGAUUUUUCUCAAUGUCUACAUUGUCAUCAACGUGUACCUGAUUAUGAAUUAUUAUGUCCAAGUUGUCAACUUGCAUUACCUUAUUGUAUUGUUACUGGAGCUCAUGUUAUUCGAGAAGAUUUAUGUUUAUGUCCAUCAUGUAAUUUUCCGGCAAUUUAUUCAGAAUUUUUAAAAUAUCUGAGUACAGAUGAUAUAUGUCCAAUGUGUACAACAAAAAUUGAUGCAUCACGUAUUAUGAAACUUGAUAGUGGAGCAGCCGUAGAUAGUUUUCUUACACAAUCAUCGGAUAUGUCUUGA